ACAUACGAAGCACGUGGGACAUAGUUUACUGGGAAAGUACUCGCUGAGAUCUUACCACUAGUGCCAGGUAUGCCCGUACUACCAUGCAGAACCGUAAUCGCGUGAAGUUGGACACUUUGUUGGGUUUUAUUUGCGGCACUGUUUGAGUGUCUCGGUGCUUAAGCUGUCACGCCUUGCUGCGCUUUUGCUGUCCGUCACUGUGCGCGCUCCCGCAGCUUUCCUGGACGCGCUGACAAAGCCGAGGAGGCACUGCAGAGUCACGGAACGAGGUCUUUGUGGCUGGAGGCUGUUCGUAUUGCGGGGACUCUAGUGAAACUGAUGCUGACUAUGGAAGCGAACGUGUUACUGCUGGGCGCUGACAGCGUUGGCAAGUCAGCAUUGACGGUGCGCUUCCUGACAAGAAGGUUCAUUGGAGAAUAUGGAGAUAUCGAGUCAAUUUACAGUCACAACAUUCUAAUGGAUGGCCGAGAGAUUUCUUUCAAUAUUUGGGAUUCUCCAAACUCGCAGGAUCAUUUUGAUGAGAAGAGAAUCCAGUGGGCAGACGGUUUUAUUUUGGUUUACAGCAUCUGUGAUCGUGCCAGUUUCAAUGGUGUUCAGCAGCAUAUUGAGAGCAUCAAGGCAACAAAGGACAACUUUGGCACAGAAAAGGUGCCAAUUGUUAUAGUGGGCAACAAGCGGGAUCUGCACCACAGAAGGGUUGUGUCAAGUGAGGAGGGGCGGCUCCUGGCGCUUUCCACAGACUGUGACUUUUACGAGGUGUCGGCAGCAGAAACAUACCAUGGUGUUCUCUUGGUUUUUCAUGGGCUGGUAGAGCGAAUAAAGGACUCCAAAAUGGCAGUCAAGAAGCCAGCUAGUAUCAAGAGCAUUGUAAAGAGCAUGUCGGCAGUGUUUGCAAGGAGAAGAACAGAUUCAUUAUGAAAAGAAGAAAAAUAUUCAGUUUUCAAAGCUGCUGUUCACUUUUUCCUUUUUUAAAUGCUUUUAUGAAUUCACCUUUUCUUUGAACUUUCAGCUUAGUUUUCCAGCUUAAUUUCUGUACUUAUAAAGAAAUUUAAAGUACGGAAAGCCAUUAAAAGCUUUAAUGCCUAAUUCCAUAGCAUGUUUAGUCAUGCUUCCAACUUCUGCCAACAGAAUAAAAGCUGAUUUGGUGAUGUCAGGGAAGCACUUUGCAGGGGAUGGACCCCCUUGCCCUGUUUUUGGGUUGGAUGUGGAUUUCUGUGGGCCUGCUUGGACCAGACUUUUCUCUACUGGGCAGGCAGCACUUCCUGAUGACAAUUGUUAAGAUCCAUACAACUUGUGGAUGGAAGUCGAGCACAUAAGCAUUUUGGAGAUCCUUCCUAUUAAGUAAGCACCCAAAGCCAUCCAUUUGUCACUUUAAAAAGAACUGGAUUGCUGUUGGAUGGUCAUAAAUGGAGACAAUUGUGAGGGUUACAUAAAAAGCCUGAGAUUUUAAAAUGAAGUUGCUUGGUUUUGUCAAAAUGUAAAAUGUUCUUUUAAUAAAUGUAUUAUUUUUUUAUAGGGUUUGAUUUUUGUAGUUUGUACAAAUUUGCAAAACAUAUCAAAUAAUGAUGAGUUUAUCCAGAAUCAAAUAAUUGUGUAGUUUUCCAUGAAAAAUGGUCCGUAAAGAGUGGAAAUCCUGACUUAGAAAAAUCAAUACUAGACAACCAUUUUAAAUCAAAUGCACAAAACAUUCUAUUUUCUUAUCUUCCCUCUAAAAUAAUUAAAGGAAAAUCAAAAAUAGACUUGAAUUUGAAAAUCACUUUGAGAUUGUAUUGGACUAUUAAGAAGCAACAGUAUAUUUAAUAAUGAAGUGCAAACAAGUUGUAACAUAAUUUACUAGCUUACGGGUGCUAAAACCUUUUGGAAUGUUUAAAUUUAUCUAUUUUUGUAGGUGGCAGUUUUGUAUCUACAAUAUUUUUAAAAUAAAGUAAGAACUUCCUUUGAGUUGUUUUAAAAUAAGAUGGUCCCAUUGUUAGACGAGUGGACCAGAAAAUUCCGAUCAGUAAAUAUCUUCUGCACUGUAACAUAUACAAAACAAUGUCAAAAGAGAAACACAUCUCUGGUGAAGAGGAAACUGCUGAACCAAAUAAUGGAGCAUGUUUGCUUCAUUUAUGUAGAAAGGGUCUUUAUUUAUUUUUGUUUUUCAUUUGAAAUGAUGAACAGUAAUGAUGAGAUUGCUUGUAUUUAAUGAAAUCCUGUGUAAAAUG